AUGCCCCGGGGCACCUGGCCUGCUCAGAGAGCACCCAGGCAGAGUGGAAAGCAGAUCCGAGGCUUCCACAAAGCGGGAGGAAAACGUCCGAGAAAGAAACGGACAGUGAGAGCCAGGAGAGUCCGCCCCAGAAGCAGCAGCAGAGGCAGCAGCGGCAGCGGUAGCAGCAGCGGCGGCAGCGGCAGUGGCAGCAGCGGCAGCGGCAGCAGCAGCAGCAGCAGGAACAGCGAACAGCGCAGCACGCCCGCCGCCCCCCAGCCCAGCCCCCGCGGCCAGCUGCAAACCCCGAGAGCGAGUCCUCCCUAUGCAAAAAGGAGCGAAGAGGUGUGGGAAGGGGGCGGCCCAAAGAGAGCAGCCGCCGCGCUCCAGGACGCAUCCCCUGGUGUCGUAGAAAAGCCGAGUCCCGGAGAAGACAAGAAGGGACAGAGACUGAGACUGAGACUGAGACCGAGGCAGAGGGAGAGGGAGACUCGCACACACCCACCCACCCCAGAGGCGCGCGGGGGGGAGGGGGGACGCGCUCGGGCGUGA